AUGGCGACUGCAGUGGAGGCAAACGGCGCGGCGAGUGGGGAGCUUGAGGACGACAUCUCGAGAAACGCCAUCCAGCCGCUUGACCCCACGAACAAUGGCCUUGAGUCGCUCAAUAUGCGCGCCGAUCCAGAUGCGCAAGCAACCGUCACCGACUACCUCGACUUCACCGAAUACCUGCCCUCCGAUAUGAUGCGAUCCCUCACACUGAUCGGACAGCUCGACCACACGUACAUCGAUGCAUCUUCCAAUGUCGACCAACUCACCACGACAUGGGGGACGCUCCCCACGUUCGCCGCCGACCAACGCCCAGAUCCAAUCAAGCUACGCGCCGACAUCUCUGACAACCUGAACCGAGCCGUCAGCUCGCGCGUCUACUCCCAUGCCGAGGCCUGUCGCAUGCAGGAGAACGUGAACAGACACCACAACAGGGCCAAGACUAUACUUGCGAAGCUCCAGACCAUACUUGACAACUACCCUACAACAGAAGAGCAGAAGGUCCCCGUGCAGAGCAAGUCGCCGCAAAUGGUCCGCGCCCCCAAGAUUACCCUCCGCGUCGACAGCAACGGCCAGAAGGUGCGCCAGCCACCGAGAAUCACCGUUCCGGGCGAGGUCCUUGCACCUUACGAGAUGGACUUCAAUGCAUACAGUUCUUCCAGUGGCGAGAGCUCCGAAGACGAGAUAGCUGUGUCCCCUCCGAGACAGACCACUACUCCAGCACCCCGCAUCAAGCUGGUCAAGACGCCGAAACCCCCGAAGCAGCCCAAGGUGCAAAAGCCACCGCGACCAUCAGUUAGCCGGCCAACCGACAAUGCAAACCCACCCCUUUCCACCAGCACUGCUCUUGCGGCACUCAAACCGCCGCCCGAGAAUGCAGUUGCCGGUAGCUCCGACGCCCCGUGGCUCCAAUUGACGCCCUACGAGCUCGCGAAGCUUCGGAAGCGCAUGAAGAAGAAUGCAGUGUGGUGCCCGAGUGAUACCAUGAUCGCGCGGGAGUUGAAGGUGCUUGGCCGUGGCGUGGAAGCGUACAAGACCGCCCAGAAACAAGCCGAGGACGAGGGGAAGCCUUUUGAUGCUGCUCUUCCUACCCCGAUAUUCGAUGCCGAAUCUGGAGCUCAACACGCACCCCCAGGUGCUAUUAGUGCUGAGGCUCUAACGGCUGAUGAGGUACAGCUGAGCAACCGCGGUAUGAAGCUGAAUGAGGCGAAGAAGCUGAAACGCGAUAUCAUGGCUAAACAGGCAGCCGAAGAAGCAGAAGAGGCAGCUAGGAACUUUGCAGAAACUGCUCGGGGGUUGUUUGUUAACGAAGCCUCACCAUCCGUCGCAGGGAGCGCGCAGGAAAAGUCUCAAGAGACGGGCCUGAGCCAAGCAAAAGCCCAAAGUAAGUCCAAGGCAAGGAAGCGAAAGCGCGACUCAGUGUCAGAGACCCCCGUCACAGAAAAACCUCAAGGGGCUGAGAGCCAAACGCCCCAACAGGCGACGGCACAACCACCAAGCCAGUCAGACAAGCCGCAACUGAAGCGAACCAAGACGGAGACACCAGUCCCGCUGCCCCAGCUGACCCCGAGACCACCCUCGGUACCACCGCUGCCUGCUCUCGCCACGGCUCCAUCAGUCCCUACGGAGACACCUGUUCCUAUUCCACAACUGGGCAAGACGGCUCAUACUCCUAUCACGUCGAAAACUCCUGUGCCAGUUCCCACCCCAGUCUUACUUUCUAUAGACCCCUCUCUUGCAGCUGUGAAGCCCCCUGCAUCUUCAUCAGGACAAACAAGUCCGGCUUCCUCUACAGUCACUACCAUAGUCCCUACCAAACCAGCUGCAGAGAGAUCUGUUCAACUCCCUAUGAAGACUUCCACCACACCUAUACCCCCUCCCAUUAGGGAGAUGCCCAAACGAGAAACCAGACAGAACCUGCAACCUACGGCAACUAAUCCUAAGCAGCCCGCUUCUCGAGGUAAUACUCCCAUUCCAGCACCAGGAUCAACCUCCUCGGCGUCAGCGCCCACUCCGGCACACGAGCCGCAGCCGCAGCCGCAGCCUACACCUACAUCUGCACAUACUCCUGCACAUGCGCCUGUACCGGUACCCCUGCCUGCUCGUCGCCCCACGUCACGUGGUAAAGCUGCAAGCCAGGAACCUGCUCCAACUCUCGCGGCUGAGCGUCCUCGACGCGCUAGCACCGCUCGAAACACUCCAGCCCCUGAAGUACGCCAGCCUAGCAAACGUACCAAGAGACCUGCCCCCGGCGUCGUGACCACAAACUCUGGCGGCACCAGCGCUAUAGGAAAGCGUAAGGCAGCGCCUCGCAAGAAGGCUCGCGGACCCAAGAAGGAUAAGGGUGCGAACCCCCAGCCUGAACAGGAGGUAGAGGUCGAGGUGGACGAUGACGGCAAUGUCGUCGACCCCAACGAGCCGAGAUACUGUCUUUGCAACAGGGUCAGCUUCGGCACAAUGAUACACCAACUGAUGCCAGAGAUGGCAUCCUCGUCGACAUACACCCCGGCCUACCCGACCAACGUUGCGAUCGAUGGCAGGGUCAAGGACUUCAUUGCCGACUUCUACGCUACGUCUGACGACCCGUCCAAGAACGAGGAGUGGGUCGACUUCUUCGCGACUGACGCGGUGCUUGUGAUGGGCGAGAAGGCGGCGCGGGGUACCGAGGAAAUCCGCGAGGUCCGCAAGGGCAUGUGGGAAAAGGUCAAGUCGCGGAAACACAAGCCGGAGAGGGUGUUUCCGGCUUCGGUCGCUGCGGGCUCCGAUGAUGGUGGUGGUGGUGGGCGGGGAGAUGCGUACGAGUAUAUGCUCUGCGGCUCGCUGGACUUCGUCAUGAAGACUGGCGAGGACGUCGUUGCGACGUGGGCUGGGCGCGCGGCCUUGAGGGAGGUGGGGGGCGUGCUGAAGUAUGACUUCUACCAGGUUUAUCUUCAUAACUAA